AUGGUGGUGUUUGGGCUGGCCCAGAGGCCCUGUUGCUUGGGGAACGAGGGCAACAGCCCGGCUGGCAGCGGGGAUCCAGCAUCUGACUCCCGUCGCCUUCCUGAAGGAGAUGUCUCUGAGGAGAGGUCUCUGACCACCAAGCAGAGGCUGGCCAGCACUCGGGAGAUGAGGGGGCCCCGGAUUAUCCAGCUGUUAGACAUGAGUGAAACCUCACAUCAAAAGUUCUCAGCGAUUGACCUGGAUAAGAGCUUGUUUCAGCCUUGCCCAUCAGAGGUGGUGUUUCAGAGCUACGUCCCCUACGAGGUCUAUGAGGUGCCACUGAUUCUGAGGAACAAGGACAAGGUUCCUCGGCUGGUGAAAGUCGUCUUGGAGAGCUCACCUUAUUUCAAGUUGAUCAGCCACAAUGGUGUGUGUCGUAAGGUAGCACCUGGCCUGUCUUCAGCUUUCCACAUUCGUUUCACCCCGGAGGAGAACAAGGAUUAUUUCCACCAGCUCACCUGCAUCACCGAAAGGGAAAAGUUUAUAGUGCCGAUCCGAGCUAUAGGUGCCCGAGCUAUCCUGGACUUCCCCGACCAGCUGAACUUCUCCGUCUGUCCGGUCAAGUACAGCACCCAGAAAACUCUGCUGGUCCGCAACAUCGGUAAUCGGGAGGCCCGCUUCUGCAUCAGCACUCAGAGCCCUUUUGCUGUCGAUCCCUCCGCUGGGACGCUUGGGAUUGGUGAUGCCAUGCAAGUAACGGUGCAGUUUCACCCACUGAAGACUGGGGAUCAUUCCAGAUCCCUGAUAGUUCACUAUGACACAGGCAAACAGAUCUUCCUAAGCCCUUAUGGAGCAGCUGUAGAUGUCAACAUCAGACUAGAGGGGAACUCCUUAACAGUUGAGAAGACUUACCUCACGCUGUCAAACCACAAAUCCAUCGUCAUCCACAACCAGAGUGAAAUCGAGUGGAAGGCUUUUGUUACUCAGGAAGAGGAGGAUCAGCAGAAGCUGAGGCAGUGUUGCAGGCUGCAGAGGCAGGAGGAGGACGAGACAGCUUAUUUUCUCAAGGAGUGCACGGUGGACCCCACUGUCCGAGAACGCCUUUCCCUUCUGUCCCGCGCCUUCCAGAACCAGAGAGCCAAGGUGCAAGGAGACUCCAUGCUUUUCUCCGACGAUGUCUUCACCAUUGAGCCGCUUGAGGGAGAUGUCUGGCCAAAUUCUUCGGUUGAAAUUAAUGUGAUCUUCAAACCCCGAGAGGCCAGAGUCUAUCAACAAACAGUCUACUGCGACAUCUCAGGCCGUGAUACCAGGCUGCCCCUGUGCAUCAAAGCGGAAGGCAUUGGGCCUCAGCUCCACUUCGGCUUUCACCAGCUGGACAUUGGGACGGUGUUUGCGGGAUUGGCCCACAGCUACGAGGCAAUUCUGUUUAACAAAGGAGCCAUCGAUGCUUGCUUCAACUUGGUCCCUCCAGCUACGGCUCUAGGCUCCUGCUUCACGUUUCUCCCCCAGGAGGGCAGCAUUUUGCCAGACGGGCUCCAUGUCAUCCAGAUCUCCUUCAGUUCCACCAUUCUGGGGCAGUUCACAGAAGAAUUCAGGUUCAGUGUGAAUGGAUCCCCUGAGCCGGUGACCUUGACCAUCAGGGGCUGCGUCAUCAGACCCACCUGCCACUUUAAUGUGCCUNAAAUCCACAUUUGUGUUGUUGUCCUAGGCUUUCCUCGCACUUUGUCCUGUUGCCUCACGAACACCUCCCUGGUGCCCAUGACUUUCAACCUGCGCAUUCCCGGGGAUGGCCAGGGUGAGCCCAGCGUUACCAGUUUUGAUCAGGUGUCGGACAACACUCGCCCGUCCUGGAGAAAGGGACUUCAAAGUCACGUCAAGCCAACCGAAUUCACCAUAAUGCCCUGCAAAGGGACCAUCCGUUCCCAGGGACGCCUGGAUAUCCAGGUCACCCUGUGUUCCAACACGGUGAAGAGUUACGAGCUGGCGCUGGUGGUGGACGUGGAGGGUGUUGGCAAGGAGGUGUUGGCCCUGCUCCUCACAGCCAGAUGCGUAGUUCCUCCGCUGCAAGUCCUCAACCCCGUCGUGACGUUUGGACGGUGCUUUCUAAAGUUCCCGUAUCAGCAGAUGCUGACCCUUGUGAACGACAGCGAUCUUCCAGGCUGCUACGGGGUUCUUCCACAGGAGCACACAGAGGGUGCUGCCGUGUGGUACUCCAGCCCCGUGCCGUGUGGGAUCAUCCAGCCUCGCAGCUCGGUGCAGGUCCCGGUUACACUGGAAGCCCAGGUGAUGGGAGAGCAGGACACCGUCGCUCAUGUCACGGCGUUGGGGAGCGAAGGGUCCCAACUGAAAAUCCACUUAGUGAGCAUUGGAGAAGGACCAGUUGUCUACGUGCGUCCGAGUAAGAUAAAUUUUGGCAGUAUCCAAGUUCUACGAGAUGCUUCCCGAACUCUCCACCUCUCCAAUCAGAGUGUCAUCCCUGCAUCCUUCUGAGCCGAGACGGCUGGCAAACGCUCGCGCUGGAGGAUUGAACCCAGCAGAGGUGUGAUCCCCCCCGAGACCGAGGUGUCUGUGACUGUCAUAGCCAACUUGGAUGACACCGAGAAACUCAAGGACGAGCUGACUGUGUUCAUAGAGAACAGCCAUUCCUACAUGGUCCCUGUCCAGGCUGUUGGCAUCGGCACCACGAUUGUUACCGACAGACCCUUUGCUCCGGAGCUCAACCUGGGAGCCCACUUCAGCCUGGAUCCCUGCUGUUACCGCUUCAAGAUAAUGAACAAAGGACGACGCACCCAUCAGCUCUGUUGGACAACGGAAGGUUUUGCCCCGUUUCGCCAGCGUGAUCAUCUCCCUGCCAUCAGUAACACCAAGGGCAAAGAUUCCUCCCAGAACCCCAAACCUGCCUGCCCCGUGUUUAAGCUUCAGCCGACGAGGAUGGAGCUGAUGCCGGGCAAGACAAUGGAGAUGGUGCUGGAAGGCUCCUCCAGCACUCCCCAGGUGGUGACAGAGCGGCUGCUGUGCCACGCCGUCGUGGGGAGCAAGGCGAGGAAGACACAGAUAAUGCAAGUGGAUGUCACCUGUGAGUUCGUCACUCCCCUGCUGCAAAUGUCCUCCAGAGAAAUCACCUUCCGGGUGGAGAAGCCCAUGAAGCUGGAGGUAGGGGCGGAACUUCAUCUCUCCAUCAGAUUUAACCCUGCUUAUGAAGAGGAUUUGAGUAGCCGGGUAGCAGAGAAGGCUCUGAAGAUACAGUUUCUUGAGCAUCCCCAUGAGGAGCAGGUCACCAUUCGGGGAGAAGUCUACUUCCCGAAUCUCCGUUUCCAGACCAUGGCCCUGGACUUUGGCUGCGUCUUGAAUGACACUGAAGAUGUGCGCUACGUCGAGAUGACCAACUGCAGCCCGCUUCCAGUCCGGUACCAGUGGUCGUUCCUGACAGGCAGCCAGAUGAGCCAGCUGACUGCACCGCCGCUGUUCCAGCCCGAGCACCGGUUUUGCUGCUGUGCUGUCAUGUGCCCUGAGAGCAGGCUGGACACGGGGCUUCUGGGGAGGGAGAAGUAG